UUUUCUAUGAUGAGGUGUCUGCUAGCAUGAUAAUUCUGGGCAUGCUUCGGUAGCAGUCUCUCUUGGUUUUGAUCUGUUUUAGGCUUUGCUGUAGUGUUUUUAGCAUCACUAUCUUGUGUGGGGUUAUUUGCUCCAUUGAACUGGAGAUGAAUAUUGUCUUGUCCAGAACAGGAUCGUGAUCUAGGAGUGGGUUCUAUUUCUUAGCUGAUUUUAGCUUUUCCUCCUCUACUACUCUGCUGUGGAGAUGUUUAUUGUUGUGAUUGAGGUGGUGCCAGAAGUUAGUUGAAUGUUCUUCUGUGUGUGGACUAGGAGGGAGUUUGUACUGAUAAUUUGUGCUAGCUGGUGUAGUUACUUGAUAAGACAGGGCCCAAACUGUUUCUCCUAUAUAGCAGGAUGAGUUAGAUUAAGUUCUCAAGUAACUGGAGUUGUGAUUUUAUUGGCAAAUUGUAAUUCUUUAACGGCUUAUAAAUUCUUCAGAGGGCUUUUUUUCAGACGCUUUUAUUGCUGUUGUGAAGUUCCCCAAAUGCUUUUAUUUUGGAGGCCUAGGCCAGACGUAGCAGAGACAGAAGAUACCUACUUCUCUGUUCCAGGCCCCUCUAUCCUCAAACAUGGCGGGUGGCAUUACCGACACAGGGGAGCUGUACUCUCCUUACGUUGGCCUGGUUUACAUGUUCAACCUUAUCGUUGGGACAGGAGCCCUAACCAUGCCGAAGGCCUUUGCUACCGCUGGCUGGCUCGUCAGCCUCAUUCUCAUAAUGUUCCUGGGCUUCAUGAGUUACAUGACUACAACGUUUGUGAUGGAGGCCAUGGCCGCUGCUAACGCCCAGCUGCGUUGGAAGAGAAUGGAAAAGCACAAGGAAGAUGACGAUGAAGAUUCUUCCUCUGGGGUCUCUGAUAGUGAUAUUCUCCUCCCAGAUGGCUAUGAACGAUCAGAGACACGGCCUAUCCUGUCAGUUCAGAGACGUGGCUCACCCAAUAUCUUUGAAAUCACUGAGAGGGUGGAGAUGGGUCAGAUGGCCUCUAUGUUCUUCAAUAAAGUGGGGGUCAACUUGUUUUACUUCUGUAUAAUCGUCUACCUCUAUGGGGACCUAGCGAUCUACGCAGCUGCUGUGCCAGUCUCGCUCAUGCAGGUGACCUGUCGCGUAACUGGCAAUCACUCCUGCGGUGUUGGAGAUGGCACGAAGUAUAACGAUACAGACAAGUGCUGGGGGCCAAUCAGGCGGAUUGAUGCUUACAGACUCUAUCUGGCAGCAUUUACUCUACUACUGGGUCCUUUUACCUUUUUUAAUGUCCAGAAGACCAAAUAUCUGCAGAUCAUGACAUCCCUGAUGCGAUGGAUAGCUUUUGUCGUCAUGAUUAUUUUGGCCCUCAUCCACAUCGGCAAGGGUGAAGGGGAAGGUCACCCACCCCUGGCGCAGCUCUCGGGGAUCCCCAACCUCUUUGGGGUGUGUGUCUACUCCUUCAUGUGCCAGCACUCACUGCCGUCCCUCAUCACUCCAAUCUCCAAGAAGCAACAUGUAAACAAACUGGUGCUGCUGGAUUACAUCUUAAUAUUGGGUUUCUACAGCCUCCUGUCCUUCACGGCCAUCUACUGCUUCCGCAAUGAGACCCUCAUGGACAUGUACACGCUCAAUUUCACCAACUGUAAUAUCACCAACAUCGCCUUCAUUCGUUACUUCCUGGGCCUCUUUCCUGUUUUCACUAUCAGCACAAACUUCCCAAUCAUCGCUGUGACCCUGCGGAACAACUGGAAGACCCUCUUCCACCGGGAAGGUGGGACGUACCCAUGGGUGGUGGAUAGGAUUGUCUUUCCAGCAAUCACUCUGAUUCCCCCUGUGCUGGUGGCUGUCUGCACACACGAUUUGGAGUCGUUGGUGGGCAUCACGGGAGCCUAUGCUGGCAAUGGGAUCCAGUACAUCAUCCCAGCUUUCUUGGCCUACUGUAGUCGGAAGGACACUCAGCUGAUCUUCGGCAGUGGCACAGUCAAUAAUCAUCUGUCCCCUUUCCGGCAUAUCUUCUGGAUCUGGUUUGUGCUGCUCUGGAGUCUUUUCUGCUUUGUGUUUGUGACUGCAAAUAUCAUCCUGAGCGAGACAAAACUCUGAUGAUGGGGCAGCAGCGCUCUUCAUCCAGGGCUCUGGAGGAGAUUCCAGGAUUUCAGCUCUUGUUUCAGACUCAGUCAUCAAAAACCCAACAACCUGGUCUUCGAAAGCAAUCGGCUUGUUGAUGCAGGUUUGAUCUGGAUGUCAGGACUUUCUAUCCCCUCUUCACUUUGGGUGCUGAUGUAACUUGCUCAACCUCCUUUUGAUUCAGGUUCUCAUGCGAAGCCAGGGUUGGGAGCUCUCAGAAGGCCUCCCUGGUUAUUCAGUGUCUGACCAUUUCUGCCUUGAGUUGGGGGAGCUCCAUUACAGAGCAUCUUCCUCUCUGUCCAGGAGCAGCCUCCUUACGGUGCUGCAGGUUUCAGCACAUGGAAGGCUGUCUGGACUGCAUCCGCUCCCCAUGAGAGCUGAACAAAUAUCUCUGCCAGAGACAGGGAACUGUUAUAACUGCUAACACAAUCCAACAGCAGUUCUCUGGAGUGAUCCACUUACCCCUCACCAAGGAAGUAGCAGACUUUUUUGUUUUCUGUUAAAGAAUUUCAGGUGCAUGGUGAGGGAGCCGGUUAACUAGGGAUGACAACUGGUGGCAUGUCUGGAGGAUGGGUGAGGAGACUGUAGAAAGCAAUGGGCUUCUAUGUGGAUACUAUGACUGAUCCUGUUACAAGUCUUUCUCACAGUUUCUCCAUUUCUGUUACUACCUUUUCAGAAAACAUUGGCCUUUGUUUUAUUUGCAGUGUGGUCUAUGGGGUAGAAGUGUGGACUCAAUGGGUCUGGAUUAGCUCAUUUGCCUGUUCGAUAAGAUUACACCAACACUUGGUCCUGGAGUUCUGCUCCUAACUGCUUUUUCUGGUUGCCUUAACUCUCCCUCCCAAGGCAAACCCAUUCUACGGGGCUCUGGAUCCCAGUCUCUUCCUCACUUCGUUAGCUCUUUGGUGCUGCUAAGUGGCAUCAGCUGUCAGAGCAGAUCUCACAAGUGCUGAAGCAGCAGGGCAGACUAUGGACACAGCAGUCAGGAUUUGUGUGGCCUUGGGAGGUGCUAAUUACCUGUCGGUGACCUGCAUUAGACCCUCAAGAGCACUUGCUGGGCAUACUGACAUUUCCAGUCUCUUGCUUUGGGUAAUUAGCCUUGAAACUCAGGGGAGAAUGUAGUGCCAGCUGGAGAAUUCAGCAGUGCCCCACUCACUGUGCCUGUCUCAGAGAAAUAGCGCUCAGAAGUAUAAGCAGAGAGAGUAAAAAUAUGGAGGAACUCUGGAAAUGGUCCAUAACGCUAUUAUCCUGCUUCUAACUUCUCCCUCUGCCUAGGGUUAAGAAUUUUUCUUGCAUCCGUUUGUGACAGAGUUUAAGAAUCAUCUGCCCUCAAAAAAUUCCACUUAACACACCUUACCCCAGCUUACAGGCUGAGAGACACUUCUCUUCUUGCAGGAGAACUGUCUGUUGUAUUGGAUACCGACAGUCUUUUGAUUAAUUCUGUGCUGUUGGGGCUACUAACGCUCUCACUGCAAAGUGACCCGUGUAUUACUCUAGCAAGCUGAGGGCCCAGGGUCAAAGAUCAUACAAUAAAGGCUUUCAUCCCAGGAAGCAGAACGUUUACUCUUAAACUUUUUACCUUAAAUAUUUUAAAACAUUUCCCCUCGCUGUGAUUAAGCCAGGUUCAAAGACAGCUGCCAGUCUCUAGCAUUAUAUACUUCGCCAACGGUAAGCUUGGGCAUGCUGUCUUUUUUUUUUUUUUUUUUUAAUGAAGCUUUCUUUUUAAUACAAGUUUCAGGUUUCUACGUGACAUGAAGCAUUUCCUGCCAUGGAAACAUUCAAGGUGGCUGGGGCUGUGCAAAAGCAGCUUUCUUUUAAAAGCAGGAGGGGGGAAAACCCCUCACCCCCUUAAGCGAUGCAAAGAUGUCCUUGAACAUUGUGUAAACCAGGAUGUGCCAGUUGGGUGGGGGGAGUUGGUUCCAGCAUAAUAAACCUGACAUCCCCUCUCCUCCCAAUUAUAAACAGUAUUUGGAAGCCCUUGCUGGUGCAUCACUCAGCUAGCUACGUGGCCCUGAGUGCUACAAGGAAGCUGAUAUGGCUCUUUUGGUGCCAGGUUACUGAGUGGGCUGUGAGAGUGAAUUGUUCAAAAGCACAGAGAAACAGUUUGGAGGGCAAAUCCGUAGUACAGCUGAGCUCGGAGCCACCUGCGGGGAGUAGUGAAGGAGUUUGCACCUGCUUCCUUCGGUUGCUCAUUCUCACGGUUGUUAUGUCUGACAGCCAGGAAUGGGACAGAUCGCAGACACCAUGGCAGGGCACAUUGGGCCCUUCGGUUCUUGUACAGCACAGGGGCAGGCACUGGUAGGAAUAGGUUUUGCACAUUUGCAGCAAAGAAAUGAGCCUGUGAAAGACCUUAGAAUGGAUGGAAAUGGUACAUGGCACAAGGCUCCUUUUGGUAACUGGCUUCGAGGGUCUUUCUAUCCAUCUCAAUCCCUCAAAGCAGUGAGCUGAUUUUCUUGCCUUGUGUCCCACAGACAGCACCACACCACGUCCCCAAGUGUCCAGAAGCUAACAGGCAACUUUAAUUAGCCAUUUAUUCCUUCUCUGUUCCAGGGCUGCCAAAUGCUCAAAGACCCUGCUCUCCUUUUUCCUCGCCCACCCUUGGCCUGUCCAGGUCAGGGAGCAGAGUUGCUAGCAAACCUCUGCUCUGAGAGUGAGCCUGUCUCCACCAAGCACUCUCCUUGGUACAGCUGCAAACAUCAAGCUCUGUAUAGUGUGCAGAAGCUGCUGGCCCGGAGCCUGGGAACUGGGCCUGAGGCAGCAUAGCUUGGUUCAUGAUCUUAUGGCAAGCGCAGUCUAGGACUGCAGUGACCCUCCCACCACCAGGAAAUUUCCGCUUUCCAGCCCAAAAAGGUCCGGGAGUGGUGUUUGUCAAAGCACAAGUGCAUGGUGUCCUGUUUUGUACUACAAACCAUGGUACUGCUUCCCUUUUUCCCACUAACCCCUUCUUGCAUGGGUACCUGAGAUUCCACAGCUGUCUGCCUUCUGACGGGCAGAAUUAGUUUUAAUGGACUUCAGUUACAGUGUGCCUUUUCUUCUCUGGCUUCGAUGAACUCUCCUCCUGAGAAGCUUCCUUUGGAAUGCUGCACAAGGGUGGUUUCCGUGGGGCCCCUUUGUAAGCUGUGAACAGGUAUAAACCAGCCUUGAUCUGAGAUGUAGCUUAACAGCGAGGGAUGUCUGGCUCAUUGUAGAAUGGGUGUCUUGCCUGGCACCUCACCAGGGAAUGCUCUCCUUGCUACACGUGAAAAGCAACAUUGGAGAGACUUUCCAGACACCUGCUGUCCUCAAUCAGUGAAAGAAUCAACCCUCCCAAUGGCAGACACUCCACAGUGAGGAAGGCGGGGGAGAACAUUUUUCAUUUAAAAUGUGAAACAAGAAAUGCCUCAAAAAGUUGAAGGAAAACAGGGAGUUGGAUGGAUGAAGCCAGAGCAAAUAUCUCGGCUUGGUCCCUGCCCGUCUCAUUAGAUGCAGAGCUAGCAGGGGGCAGAAGGGGUCCAGUUGCUGUCCUGGCUUGGUGUGGCAUGAUAACUCGUCUCCUGUCUGGUUUAAGAAUGAGAUAUUUUUAAAUGGCUAUUAUGACAGGGGUUUGUUUUGAUCCUCACCACGCCGUACUCAGCUUGUCCCAGCGUGUAAUUAUUUCUCCAAAAGGCAUACAAAUAAAACGCACAUUCUGCAUCUCU